UCUUGAUACAUCAUCAAACUAAAAUAAUCAAAUAGUUUGUAUUAAUUACUAUUAUUAUCCUCUGUAAUUUUUUUCCUUUUCAACAUGGCCAUGGAUAUCAAACCUUCGCUACUCUCUUCUCUAGUGGCGCUGCUCUUCCUUUUAUUUGCUCAAUCCUCAAAUGCAACCAACAAAAUUGUUGAAGUGAACAAAAUUUGCAACAUAACCGUAAACCCUUCACUUUGUUCAAAAAUUCUAAACUCAAAACCCGGUGGUACAAACCGUGCAGAUCUAAUUACCCUUGCAAAUUACACAAUUGGUGUUGUUCGUUCCAACGUUACAAACACAAUUAGCCUCAUUAAGUUUCUGAUAAGAAAUUCAACUAAUUCAGAUGCGAAGAAUCAUUACCAAUUGUGUUUGACACAUUUCGACGAAGAAGGCGCAUUACACGAGGUGGACUACGCUGAGAAAAUGCUGAAGGCAAAGGAUUACCAAGGUGUUAAUGUUGCUGCUUCUGGUGUUAAGACGGUGGUUGAUGGUUGUGUUUUUGGUGAUUCACCAACUGAUCCUGUUUUUCCUGAUCAUUCUUCGCUACCAAAAUAUGCUGAAUAUGUAAAGCAAGUUGCUGAUAUUAUUACUGCCAUUUCUAACUAUUUGAUGGGUAUUUAUAAGUAAUUGUAGGUUAAUUAAUUCGGUUUGUACUUCUUAGUGACGGAUAUUAUGUAAAAGUUACUUUUAGUAAUGAAAUAAAAUUAUGAAUUUUUAGUUUGACUUA